GCAUCAGCCGCCGUUGACCGCAGGCAGAAGCGUCGAAGGAGGGGGGGGGGGAGGCCGGGGACUUUACUGAUUCAGGGUGUUAUUAAACCGUCGGACAAUCGAAGCGUCCGGAAUACAACAAAGAAAGCAAUGGAGGCCAACAACUACAGCAGCAUUAUCGCGUCCGCGUCGCUGGCCGUGCAGUACGUGGAUUCGCUGCUGCCAGAAAAUCCUCUGCAGACGCCCAUGCGCAUGUUCUGGAGCCACAUGCUGGAGCGCUUCACCAAGUUCCAGGUGGCUACGUGGGGGUCCCUGCUGGUCCAUGAGUUGGUCUACUUCUCCUUCUGCCUGCCCGGCUUCAUCUUCCAGUUCAUCCCGGCCAUGCAGAAGUACAAGAUCCAGGCGGACAAACCGGAGACCAUGGAGAAGCAGUGGAAGUGCUUCAAGACGCUGCUCUUCAACCACUUCUUCAUCCAGCUGCCGAUGAUCUGCGGGACCUACUACUUCACAGAGUUCUUCAGCAUCCCCUACGAGUGGGACGCCAUGCCGCGCUGGUACGUGGUGAUUGCCCAGUGCCUGGGCUGCGCCGUGGUGGAGGACACGUGGCACUACUUCCUGCACCGCCUACUGCACCACAAGAGCAUCUACAAGUACAUCCACAAGGUUCACCACCAGUUCCAGUCCCCGUUCGGGAUGCAGGCGGAGUACGCUCACCCGGCCGAGACGGUCAUCCUGGGCAUGGGCUUCUUCAUCGGCAUCAUGAUCUUCUGCAACCACCUGGUGCUGCUCUGGGCCUGGGUCACGUUCCGCCUCAUGGAGACCAUUGACGUGCACAGCGGCUACGAGAUCCCGCUCAACCCCCUGCACAUGAUCCCCUUCUACGCUGGCGCUCGCUUCCACGACUUCCACCACAUGAACUUCGUGGGCAACUACGCCUCCACCUUCACGUGGUGGGACCGGCUGCUGGGCACCGAUUCGCAGUACAAGGAGCACUACACGGGCAAGACGGCGCAGAAAGACAAGAAGCUCGAAUAAAAUCCGUGGCGGUCGGGAGUAGGCGGGGGGCUAGGGUCGGGAGGGGGGACCCAGAAAACACGGGACGUUGGGCCCAAUGUCCCGUGUUUACUGGGGAGCAAUCGGCGAGCAGUGCGGGGGGCAGUGCCAGGCAGACACAUCUCUCUCUCUUGAGAAAACCGUCGCCGCCUUUGCGGUUCGUGCCAGCGGAGCGGAGCGUGGAUGCCGCCACCCCCCCCCCUCCAUGCUCGGUAGUGUGGGCUUAGAAAGCGCCGGGGGAGCGUGGAAAUCGCUGGCGUCGCCGGACGUGCAGUCGGCUCUGCGAAUGCUUCCUCCCCCUUCUUGCUACCCAGUUAACGCGGAACGUUGAGCCAACGUUGAGGCAAUGUUGGCCCAUGGUUCUGCUCGUGUGACUUAUCAACUUGGCAACCAGCGGCGAUUUUAAUUCCGUAAAUGAUUUAGCUCCGAAACGGUUUCAAGGCGUUGGUUGUAAAUCCCGCAAGUGGUGGCCGUGCGUACCUAUGCGUGCCGUGCUAGUGUAGACGCGCCAGGAUGGCCGUGUGCCCGGUGUAAUGCCUCGGUGAUUCGGCGGUACCAUGUGCCGCACGGCGUGCAUGCUGUUUCAAGGGACCAGCGGAGUUGUCCCGACCGAUUAUUUGCACAUUCUGGGUCGUGUCAGCCUUCGCCUGCCGUGUGAUGUCUUAGAGGAACCCUCGUGUACAAAGUCUGUUGUCUCUGUUAAACUAUUGUUGCGUAUCGAUCUGUGCGAACGUACUACUUGUCAGAAAUCAAUCUCGUGCUCUGCAUAAUAUGCGUUUAAAGGCAAGGGAAGGUGAUGAGAAGGAAAAAAAUAUUAUAUUGGAAUUUAAAGAAAUAAAUUAAAAAUUUCGCAGCGGUGAAAUGGGCUGAAAUGAAAGUGGUGUUUUUAAUAAAUGUGGCUGAUGUUUUGUA